CAUGUCAUUUGGUUGUGUUUCGAUUAGUGUUGAGCUAGUACAUGUUUYUAAAUUAUUAGCCAUCCGCAAAUUGAGAACCACUUACCUGAUGAAUUAGCUAAAAUAAGCAUUGUAAAUAAGAAUUAACCUAGUUGCGGUUUAGCUGUUCGCAAAUACUGCUUGAUUUGUGCGCUCAGUUGUUUGUUGCAUGAUGAGUAGUAAGGGUGAAAUCAGACGACGUGUGAUGACCCCUAAUCCCAAUACGCACACCACCGAUCCGUUGCUGCAGCAGCGCAACGAGACCUAUCGAACCCGAAAUUGUUGGCAGCGUCUCUUCGUUGAUCAUGGCAAAAUCAAAUGGUAUUGGGCACCGGUCUUCCUCAGYUUUUGGGCGCUACUCUAUUUUUGCAUUUCCAUACCCGCCUACCAUCGCCUGCCCAAACCGAUUAAUAUUGCGGAUGAAGCCCGUUAUCCGGAUCGUUUUAUAGCGGAGAGAGCCGAACAGAAUUUGAGAAAACUCACUGCGUUAGGUCCUCGUGUGGUGGGUAGCAAGGCGAAUGAGGAAGGUGCUAUCAAAUAUUUUCAAAAUUACGUGACAACACUGAAAGCUGAAGCUAAUCCCAUAUAUGACAUUGAAAGUGAUAUACAGUUAGCUUCUGGUAGCUAUUGCCACUGGAAUAUGGUGAAUAUGUAUCAAGGUAUACAGAAUUUUAUAAUUAAAAUUGCGCCGAAGGAGUCAAAUAGCACUUCGUAUUUGCUGGUGAAUAGUCACYAUGAUUCGGUGCCACAUGGCAAAGGUGCUGGCGAUGACGGCACUAUGGUGGCCAUUAUGUUGGAAACAAUACGAGUUUUGUCGAAAUCGGAUAAACCGCUGCGCAAUCCUGUUGUUUUUCUCUUCAAUGGCGCCGAAGAGAAUCCAUUGCAGGCCUCACACGCUUUCAUAACACAACACAAAUGGGCCAAAUACAUCAAAGCUUUAAUAAAUUUGGACUCAGCUGGCAACGGUGGACGCGAAAUUCUUUUCCAAUCAGGCCCUAAUCACCCUUGGUUGAUGAAGCAUUAUCGACGCGCCAUUAUGCAUCCUUAUGCGUCGACAGUGGCGGAAGAAAUGUUCCAACGCCAGUUUAUACCAUCGGAUACGGAUUUUAGAAUUUUCCGCGAUCAUGGACGUAUAGUGGGCUUGGAUAUGGCACAUCAAUAUAACGGAUAUGUCUAUCACACACGCUACGAUGUGGCGGAGAUUGUACCGCGUGGCACCUUCCAAAAUACCGGUGAUAAUGUACUCGCGUUGGUGCGAGAGCUGGCUAAUGCGCCUGAGUUGGAGGAUCCAUCACACGACGCUGAGGGUCACACGGUCUUCUUCGAUGUGCUCGGCCGUUACUUAGUCUUCUAYACUCAAACCGAGGGCGUCAUUUUAAAUGUAUUCGUGUCCAUAGUCGCGAUMAGUUUAUGCACCUACUCAUUCAAACAAAUGUCAAAUAUUACGGGUACAAAACUCGGUAGCAUAUUAAAUCGUGGGCUCACUUUACUCGGCGUGCAAGUACUCGCUGUGAUCAGCGGUAUAGCGCUCUGUUUCUUGAUCGCUGUUUUUAUGGAUCUGGUACAUAUGCCSAUGGCUUGGUUCACUAACUCUUGGCUCAUUUUGGGUUUAUACUUCUGUCCGCUGUUCUUCGGUUUCGCCAUUGUGCCAGCGUUAUAUUUCCAUUCGCAACGCAAGGAGCGCUUCCCGCUUGGUUACCGUGUGCAAAUAUUGCUGCAUUGCCACUGUCUCUUCCUGACUUUCGUUAUAUUGAUCGCCUCUAUUGCCGGCAUACGUUCCGCUUUUAUGCUUAUGAUUGCUGUGUUGUUCUACGCAAUCGGUUUGAUCAUCAAUUUGUGCACCAAAUUGCAUAACAAAUCACUACCUUGGCUAAUACCGCAUAUACUCUGUAAUAUUCCACCAUUUCUGUUCUACGCCUACCAAGCGCAUGGUUUCUUUGUCGCCUUCAUUCCAAUGACCGGCCGCUUUGGCUCCAGUGUGAAUCCCGAUUUGAUCAUAUGCGCCUUUGCAGUGAGUAUGGGUUUACUSACCGGCGGUUUCAUGAUUCCGGUACUAAAUCUGUUCCAAAAGUCCAAAACUAUAAUUUGCUCACUACUCACAUUUACUGUGCUCUUCAUAAUACUCGCAGCGACACCUAUCGGUUUCCCAUACCGUCCAGAGACUAAUAUACAACGGUUCUCCGUAUUGCACACGCGUCGUGUUUUCCACGAUCAAACGAACGCUGUACGUCGCGUAGAGACCGGCUACUUCAUUUUACCGCAAGAUCGACGCACUUAUUCCGUUAAGGAUCACUUACUCAACAUAUCCUUGGCACAAACACUCGACAAAGAWUGCGCUGAGGAGAUGCUGUGCGGUCUACCGCUCUACAACCACCGCUGGCAUAAAGCGCGCGCCUCAAGCRUUUGGAUACCGGGGCCAGAUCCCAAGUUUGACCACGAGCCACAAUUGAAUUUGAUCUCAAAGGAUCAAUUGAGUAAAACUUCUAUACGCUAUGUAUUGGAGUUAACUGGUCCCGAUCAUAUGGGUAUCUUUAUAAAKCCCUUGAAAGAUCGCAAGAUUAACGCUUGGUCAUUCCAUUAUACACCUUUACGUUUAGAAUGGGAACCACCAUACUUCAUUUAUUUCUCAUAUGGCAAGGACAGUAGUCCAUUUAAAUUCACACUCGAAUUUGAGAAUCCUAAGGAGGACUGGAGUUCACCAAUAUUUGAAAUUGGCAUCGCUGGCCACUGGAAUCAUGAUGAGAGCGCACACACGCCAGAGUUCCAGAAAUUCCUGCAAAGCUUCCCCAAAUAUGUGGAUGCGAUAGCAUGGCCAGCAUACUAUGAGACACGACUGUUCUAAGUUCAAGUCAUAAUUUUAAAGUUCAAACGCCUUAUUGACUUAAGAAAAAGUGUUUAGCGGGAUAUCUAAAAGUAUUUCUAUAAUUUAUUGCUACCCUGUGAAUUUGUAGAAUUAAAAAAAAAUAAUAAUAAUAAAUAAUUUUUUU